UUGUGAACCACGACGAGAACCGCCGCCAUGGAGGGAGCUUCGCUGCCGGUGCUCCCGCUCGAGAUCCAGCUGGAGGUAUUGCAGCAUCUCUACUACGUCUCACCCUCGUCCUUUGCCAGUGCGGCCCUUGUACUGUCCAGGGCUCACCACCGACACCUUGUCACGCUCCUCUACCGGCACAUCUGUGUGCGCGACCGUGCUGCUCUCGAGGGUCUCGCCAGCACGCUCAUCGCUCGGCCCGAGCUCGCCGCCUGCGUCCGUUCAUUCUUUUUUCAGGGCCCGCAGGGCAGGAAAAGAACAGGAAGGGAGCUGUUGCUCGCCUGGGAGCAGAGCGGCGACGAGGACCAGGCGUCGACAAGCGACGAGGAAGAGGACCAGGAGCCCGAGGCCGUUUACGAUGAAAACGGCUGGUGCGAAGCACGCGGCGAGCUCGAGCCAGGCAUCGAGGGGGAAGGACAAGAAGCGACGUGGGAUGAGCACGAGUCAUUGAUGCAUCUUUGCACCCUCAUCCUGCGCAUAUGCGCCGCCAAUGUCGUCUCCUGCGGCUUUGUUGACUGCGUACCUUGGUUUCUAGCGCCUUAUGAGGGCGGCAACCUCAACUUCCCGCUGCCCCGCUGCCGCGACUUCACUGGCGUCACUGUGGGUCUCUUUGGCCUGCUACCUCAUCUCCAGCGGGAAAAGCAAAGAGUAGAGGGGAGCGACACCAGCCAUGAAGAAGACAAGGUCACCUCUCUGCGGCGUAUCCACCUCAUCGGCGGCGACUUUGGCUCGUUUGCCCUCCAGCGCGUCCUCGUUGCCGCGCCCACGGCAAAGACACUCACCCACCUUCACAUUACCGCACCGACGCUCUAUCGGGUCGAGCAUCAUUCGCAUCUCGUCUCGCACAUCACUCAGCUGCUGCAGUCUAAUGCACGCCUCGAGCGCAUCAGCGUCGCAUUCCUGCGGUGGCAUCGCCCACCGCCGAGACGCAAAGCAACGCGGGCCGGUAACGGAUCCCAGGACAAGACAUUAGACGAGCUGGAACGAAGAAUGCGUGAGCUGAGCAGCGAGACUGCCUCGUCCUCCGCGACAGUCUCUUCGCCCACCACCGCGACAGCCACGGAGCAAGCCACAGGCGAGGACUCGUACGAAAGAAUGCAGCUAAGAGGCGUGUCGAAGAGCAGGAAGAGCCAGAGGGAUCGUAGGCCCGUGUCGGUCGAGCGCUCGCAGCGCCAGUCCGAGGACGAGAGGGUGCAGCUCUGUCGAGAGGCGUACGUCUAUGCGCUCCCGCAAGCCCUCGAAGCGAGCCAGCGCUUCGACGUCGAAGCAAGCAUCGUGGAGCUCCCCUUUGUAGAGGGCUCCCCCGUUGGCUUUGCCGGUUGGAUCCUGACUCAAGGGCAAAGCGAGGCGGCUGCUGCGCAGCUGGGACGUUUGCAGACAGGGCCAGACAAGCAGCGACUGCCAAGGCUCGCCGGCCCAGCCAAGGUCGAAAAGUCUUGGAGAAAGAGGGACUUGAGCCUCCUCCCCGUCAAUGUGGCAGAUGACGGCGCACCUGUCGGGUCUAUUUGGGCUCAAGAAGCCAGCCUCGUCUGGAAGCUCAACCGUGAUGGCGAUGCACAGCUCAUCAAGGGAUCUCUGUAGGCAUCCCCAGGCUCUGUUUCCAGUUUUUAUCAUCAUGUACUACUACAACACACUCCAGCUUGAUGUCAACG